CGCCGAGUUGUAAAUGUUCUGGAAUGCGUUCUAAGACGCCCUUGGUCAGCUAUGGUUGUUUUCCCUCAAUCCCGCGUUCGGCACGCACUGGACCACUCUCCUUUGAACAUGUUUUUCGUCUGCGCGGCUUCAUAAUAUCUGAUGAGCAAGACCCCAUCCAAAUCAGGUGCCCGCUCCCAGGUCUCGUGCCGAUGAGAACGGAAGCACCGCGUUGGAUUCGGCAAGCCAAGUGGGAAAAGGCUCGUUGAGUUGUCGGGGCCGAUGAUUACGCAAGCAACUCCCCAAUACACUGGGAAGAGCUUCCUAUGUCUGAACUCGAGGACUACAUCGCCACAGUGAGGGCGCGUGAGACCCAGACCUGGGGCUUUGCCAUCUACAGAACCGCCUACGGCGCGACAACCGACAUACCCUGGCAGUCACUUCUCGAGGCUAUCCGUACCAACGUUCGGACGGAAGUGCUCGGCCUCCGGGUCCCGCGCGGGGGAAACCCGCCCCACUUUUCCGACGAGGAGACGCAGAGAUGCGAAGAAUUCUUGUCACUGCUCAAACUUGAUGUCAAGGAGGACCAGAGCAUUCUGGAACGCGUGUCUAUGGACUGUGUACGGGAGAUGAUCAAAGAAACCGACCCGCGGCUGACGGACGACGAGCCCCUCGGCGGCACCUUGACAACACUACAAGGCGUCUUCCUGUAUGUCGAUGACGAGGUGUUGCAAGCAGCCCAGACUCCAACUGGCUGUCGUCCUCCGUGGGUGAAAAUGGUGGAGCUUGACUACAAACCAGAGCAGCACAAGGGAAACAGACGAGUCGGCCCUCAAAGCUACUUCGGCUGGAUGAAGCUGUCUACUGGGAGUUUUUUUCAACUGUGGCAGGACCUGGAAGGCCAGGAUUUGUGGAAACUUGCACCACGGAACUCGGAUGAGAGACUGCUGACGAUAUGGGAUGGGGUAAUGAACAACCAAAUGUAAGGUCAGGAUCUUGACAGGGACGGCAAUCAUGAUCGAGUGUCGGAUUAGAUAAGGCUAGCGUGGCAGAUUUGUCGCCCGGGACGACUGCCGCAGACUUCGAGAUGCCCCGGUUGCGGCGCUGCCCUUUCAACCUGGGCAACAUGGUCUGGGAAGCCCGCGUGGACGGCGGCGUAGAUGGGUAUGUCUGGAAGGUUCGCUUCGGGGCCCAGGGGCCUUUUGCGUUGAAGGUGGUAAGUGGUACUCAGGCUGCCUGACCCAAGACAAAA